AUGUCACGCCGACGCCAAGUUCGUCACGCACUUACCAUCGCCGCUGUUCUCGCAUUCGCAGGAUCCCCCGCUGCUGCUGGAGAAGCACCUUUUGAUCAAGUCACCAAAGACUUGAGCAAGGUGAUCUCUGUCGCCGAUGGCUCUUCUCCUUUUUAUGAGUUGUAUACCGACAAGGAGAAGGGCAAACUGCUUGCUGCAUUCCCCAGAGGGUAUGACCAGCAAACCGUCAUGAUCGCAUGCACAGUCUCAGGCGGUGAUCCCCAAGCUGGUGUCAUGGGACCUACCCACUACGCAAAAUGGCACAAAAUCGGGGAUCAACUCGCGCUCGUAGCACCGAACUUGAGCGUGCGCACGAACCAAGACAAACAAGCACAAGACUCUGUAGGCGACCUCUACACUGGACGCGUCUUGCUCUCGCUCCCGAUUCUGUCACACACUCCAGACAAGCGUCCGGUUGUUGAUCUCGGUUCGCUUGCUACACGCCAUGCCCCGGCACUGUUCGGAUCAUCUGUCUUCGCGGGAUACGGUCCUUCGCUGUACAACAUUAACCCAUCACUUGCACGAAUCACCAGCGCCAAAGCAUUCCCUGAGAAUGUGAUCUUUGAGUACACAGCACCGCGUCCAGACGGACAGAUUGUGUCCAUCACAUACAACAUCUCCAAUCUUAAAGGCAGCAGCGACUUCAAGCCACGCAAGGCAGACGCUCGCGUUGGGUACUUCUAUGACUGGCAUCAGGACUUCGGUGUCACAGGAAACAACGAGGUCACUGACCGAUACAUCUCACGCUGGAAUAUCCAGAAAGCUGAUCCGAGCUUGAAGCUGUCCCCUCCAAAGGAACCUCUCGUCUGGUACAUCGAGCACACCACACCUGUCCGCUUCCGCCGCUAUGUGCGUGAGGGGAUUGAGAUGUGGAAUGAUGCAUUCAGAGAGAUCGGGAUCGAUGGAGCCCUCGAAGUCCGCCAGCAGGACGCGAACACAGGCGCGUUUAUGGAUAUCGAUCCAGAAGACGCACGCUUUAACUUCUUCCGUUGGAACGCUUCGUCCUAUGGCUACGCAAUCGGUCCAUCACGCACCAAUCCGUAUACUGGCGAGAUCCUCGACGCGGAUGUCGUCUGGCACCAAGGUUUGACCCGCGCAAUCACAUCGAUGCUUGGUACCUUUGUAGAUGAAAUGACCGAACAGUCGUUUGAUCCUGAAACAUUGGCAUUCUUCGCAGAGCAUCCAAACUGGGAUCCGCGUGUUCGUCUUGCUCCACCAGAGCAACGCGAGCUUGUACAGCGGAAUCUUGCUCUCGAAGCUCAGAAAGUUUCUGAGCAUGAACUGGGUGACAGAGAGCAUCCUUGGAGCUGCAUGUCCAGCAACCAUAUGAACGCGGCGUGUACCAUCGGGAACAUGCUGAGUGUGGAUCUCUCGAUCGCAGACGCAGCGCUCGCUGCUGGAAUGAUGGGAGACGAAAACACUGAACUGCUCGACGGGAUCCCAGAGAACUAUAUGGGAGAGAUGAUCCGAUACAUCUCCGCGCACGAGGUCGGUCACUGCCUCGGACUGCAGCACAACAUGGCGGCUUCAACCUAUCGCUCGCUCGAAGAAAUGAACUCUGAAGACAUUGAAGGAGCAACCACAGCUUCGGUCAUGGAUUACAUCGCCGCGAACAUCAAUCAUGAGCUCGGCGAGGUACAAGGUCCUUUCGCGACCCCAGAGGUCGGUCCAUACGACCGAUGGGCGAUCGCGUUCGGAUACGGUCCUGAGUCCGAGAUCGAGGAAGUUCUCAAGCAAUCGCAAGAGCCGGGUCACUUGUUCAUUCCACAGUCCGAGAUCACCUUCGGAUCGGAUCCACGGAAUGUCACUUGGGACAACGGCGCGGACAACAUGAACUUCGCACGCUCCCGCCUCUCGCUCGUCCAGAAACUGCGUGGUGAGUUGCUGACUGAAAUCGUAGAUGACGGCGAAUCAUGGUCAGAAGCACGCAGACGAUUCAACGCGUUCCUCGGCACUCACCUCCAAUCCGUCUCGAUCGCCGCGACCUAUGUCGGUGGUUCAUACAUCACCAACGCUCGCAAGGGUGAUCCGGACGCUCCGGCUCCGAUCACAGAUAUCUCUGCUGAUCGUCAACGAGAAGCGAUGAACUUUGUCAUCGACAACACCUUCGAAGACGCUGCAUUCGGAAUCACACCAGAGCUUAUCCGCCACCUCGGCAAAGAAUACUGGUGGGAUCCUCAAGGGAUUAACGAACUGCUUGCGGAUCCCUCCGCAACAGUCCAUGAUCUUGUUGGCGGUCUCCAAGCAACCGGUAUGACCUUCCUCAUGAAUCCGACUCGUCUCCGUCGAGUGUAUGACAACGAGUUCCGCGCUGAUCCGAACGACAAGUUCACACUCGCUGAGCUCGUGACCACUGUCACCAAUCGAGCCUGGAGCGAGUGCUCCCCAACCAACGGCUCGUCUCGUGACGACAUAGAGAUCUCGAGCUUCCGUAGGAAUCUCCAACGCGAGCACACAGAUCGCUUGAUCCAACUCAUGCUUCUCGACGGCACAUCAUCCCCAUCGCUUCGUACAAUCGCGACUCUCGCAUCGGCGGAGCUUGGAAGAAUCGACUCGAUGUGCGAUCGAGCCCUUGAGCGGAAUCCAGAUUCGUACACAACCGCCCACCUGAGUGACAUCCGCACACGGAUCUCAAAGGCAAUGGAUGCGGCCUAUGUGAUCGAACGCUGA